AUGGAAUUGGUCCUUCGCAAACGGGUUUGUCUCAAUAUUUACAAAAAGGCCAGUCUUACGGAGCGUAUUCGAAAACGAAUUGUUGGAGCUGACCCAUUACAUCGUACUGCUGUCUAUUACGAUGUUGUCGCACAUCUGCCUAAGCUAGAUCGGCUACGACAAGAAGUAGCCAUCACAAAUAUGUUGAGCAGGAGAGAUAGGCAUCAAAGACUAUCGCAUCUCGGCCUACCUAGUCAGUCGUUCCGUAUGAAGCGAGCCGUCAGCCUUCCAAAUACCAAUUCAUUGGUGAGUUUAUUCCCGAAUUUUUCAAAAGCAACGCAGAGCUGA